AGACAUUGGACGCGAAGCUGUUCUCCAGAAGUUUCCAGAGUUGCGCAAUGAAAUCUCGCUUGACACUCAGAAAAGAAAAUACAAGUUGUUCUGUGCCUUCGGACAGCUUUACUACAACUUUUCUUCGGAUCUCUUCCAAUAGAAUUACAGAAGAACGGUCUCUCGUUUGUUACCUAGCAAUAGCAUACAACUGUCUGUAACGUAGUAUGUUUGUGCCUCGGUGGAUGUAAGAUCCAACGUCUAGAUCACGGAGUUCUGUGUAUGCGUAUCGGAUGUAUGCGCCUAGAACACCGUGUUGUGUGUGUCAGUAGGGACUAGUGGAACACAUCUGGAGAGGAAACAGUGAACUAAAAAGCUUGCUGGUAGCAUAUUUCACUUUUUUUUUAAAUAAAAUUGGGGCGGGGGGUUGUCAGGACUCAGGACAGAAAGUAAGUAGGAUGAUGAGGGAGGGAGGUGGAGGUGGUUGUCUGGGACUCCCAGGGAUGUUACGAGUUUUCUUGUUGGGGACUUGUGCUCUUACGGUCCUGAGCUCUGCAGGCUUGGUGUUCCUUCUGGUGCAACACAUGCACCUGUCAGCCCACAUUGCCCGGUUGGAUCUACAACUCCAGGUGCUCUCAGAGACUUCUGGCGCCGUGCUGCAUCAUUCUGCAGCAGUAUCCCUCCGGGCCAGCGGGGACCCUGGAGAGGAAGCUUCCCACAGGACCAGCAUGGACCCCGGAGAGGAAGCUUCCCACAGGACCAGCAGGGACCCUGGAGAGGAGACUGAAAGGUUGCAGGUGCUCUCAGAGGAAUCUGGGUUGCAGACAUCACCCCACAGGACGAGCAGGGAAGACCCAGGCAGAGAGGAGACAGAAAGGGAGCUGCAGCAUGGCCGACCCCGCAAUAAGAGGAGCCAGGCUGGGAAACACCAGACUAAGCGACAGCAGAAACGUGACGACAGGGACAUGAUGAUAAUGAUGACAUACUCUAUGGUCCCGAUCAAGGUCCUGUUGGAACUAUGUAACAGCACAAAAGACAAGUGUUUAACAGGCUCACCAGGACCUCCAGGCACUCCAGGUGUGGAUGGGAAGCCAGGAGUCAAUGCUACGGAAGGCAUAUCAGGACCACCUGGACCUGCAGGGAGACGAGGGAAAAAAGGUCCCCCUGGAGAGAGAGGGGAGCCUGGGGCGAAAGGAGACGUGGGAGACCCUGGACCUCCAGGACUGAAGGACGAGACCUCCAAUGACAUCUUCAUAGAGGGGCCUCCGGGUCCAAGGGGCCCUCCUGGCCCUGCCGGUCCCCCUGGUCUGCCUGGCCCCCCAGCGACCUUAGAGGACCCAGAACCCUCUAGAAAUAGGACCAUGAGAGCACAGUUGUUAGAGAAUACCUGUUUCCAUCAAGACAACAUGUCUGACUCUCUGGGUACAGAGAAUGCAGCCACAAGCAGUGACACCUUAAAUGUGACCAACGCAGAGACUGUUAAUAGAACCAUCAGGGCACACAUCCAUCAAGCCAACAUGUCUUCGGAGUCAGCGAAUCUGGCUGCAAGUAAUGACAUGAAUGUAACUGACACCGAGAACGAGGAAUUAAAUAACCGACAAAUGACAUACACCGAGAUUGUGGAAGAAGGACCUUUGAACUCAACCGAGAUUGUGGAAGACGGACCUUUGAACUCAACCGAGAUUGUGGAAGACGGACCUUUGAACGUAACUCACACUGAGAUUGUGGAAGAAGGACCUUUGAACUCAACCGAGAUUGUGGAAGACGGACAUUUGAACGUAACCGAGAUUGUGGAAGACGGACCUUUGAACGUAACUCACACUGAGAUUGUGGAAGAAGGACCUUUGAACUCAACCGAGAUUGUGGAAGACGGACCUUUGAACGUAACCGAGAUUGUGGAAGACGGACCUUUGAACGUAACUCACACCGAGAUUGUGGAAGACGGACCUUUGAACGUAACUCACACCGAGAUUGUGGAAGAAGGACCUUUGAACGUAACUCACACCGAGAUUGUGGAAGAAGGACCUUUGAACGUAACCGAGAUUGUGGAAGACGGACAUUUGAACGUAACCGAGAUUGUGGAAGACGGACAUUUGAACGUAACCGAGAUUGUGGAAGAAGGACCUUUGAACGUAACCGAGAUUGUGGAAGAAGGACCUUUGAACAUAACUCACACUGAGAUUGUGGAAGAAGGACCUUUGAACGUAACUCACACCGAGAUUGUGGAAGAAGGACCUUUGAACUCAACCGAGAUUGUGGAAGACGGACAUUUGAACGUAACCGAGAUUGUGGAAGACGGACAUUUGAACGUAACCGAGAUUGUGGAAGACGGACAUUUGAACGUAACCGAGAUUGUGGAAGAAGGACCUUUGAACGUAACCGAGAUUGUGGAAGAAGGACCUUUGAACAUAACUCACACUGAGAUUGUGGAAGAAGGACCUUUGAACGUAACUCACACUGAGAUUGUGGAAGACGGACCUUUGAACGUAACUCACACCAAGAUUGUGGAAGAAGGACCUUUGAACGUAACUCACACCAAGAUUGUGGAAGAAGGACCUUUGAACGUAACUCACACCAAGAUUGUGGAAGAAGGACCUUUGAACGUAACCGAGAUUGUGGAAGAAGGACCUUUGAACGUAACCGAGAUUGUGGAAGAAGCAGCAUUUAGGAAAACUGAAUACAUUAUCAAAACCAUAACGUGCUUUCCAAACGUCACUAAAAUGGAAACUACAUUUGGAGUUUGGAUGCAAGAUGCAGCCCGGGUGAACGAUAACCACAUUUGGAUGGCUGAACACUUUUCAGGUCGAGUCUUGCAGGAGUACAAGAGCAUUGCAUCAUUUCCUAACAGCAGGUCUAUUGACAUGAGGAAGUUCUACCAGGGUUGUGGCCACAUCAUCUACAAUGGGUCUGUUUACUAUCACAAUGCAGGAACCUCGAAAGUUGUCAAGGAUAACCUGAAGACCAGGAGAUUACAGACACUGGCCAUUGAGAAUGCUCUUUACCACAAUCGAACAUAUCUCUUCCACAACUCCAAGACGUACUUUAAGUUUGCUGUGGACGAGAACGGACUGUGGCUCAUAUAUGCUUCAGCUAUCAGUGGAACCGUGAUGGUGGCCAAGUUAAACCAUAAGAGGUUUUCUGUGUUGUCUGUGGUUAGCACGUCCUAUCCUGUACCGAGCGCUGGGAAUGUCUUUGUUGCAUGUGGAGUUCUGUAUCUGACUGACACCAAAGAUACAAAAGUCACACAUGCUUUUGACUUAAUGAAAGAGAAAGCUUUGAAUGUAAGUUUGGAUCUCAGAUCAGCCAAUGGUAUUAUGGCCAUGUUGUCAUAUUAUCCCGAAAAUCAACUUUUGUACAUGUGGGACAACAGCUAUGUGAAAAUAUGCAAGACUUAUUUUACUUUGGAUCAACAACAAAAAAGUCUAGUCAAAUGUUAUGGUCGUAAAUAAAUCUUACAAUCGUAAAUAAAUCUUAUGAUCGUGGGAAACAUUCUGCCUAGGAGAAUACAGUCAGUCACAAGUAGUGACACCUUGAAUGUAACCAAUGCAGAGAAGGUUCUAUUAACAAUCAGAGCACACACCCAACAAGCCAACACCCACCAAGCCAACACCCAACAAGCCAACACCCAACAAGCCAACACCAAUCAAGC